AAGAACGGUGAACCGUCAUUCCCGAAAGCGAAAAGCAAAGGCAAAGCUAAACAAAUUGAAGACAUUGAGAUUGACGAGAUAACCCAAUCGGACGAAAAACUGAGCGCAACCCAAUUGAGGGAACAG